GAGCGUUGGUUUGACAGAUACGUCAAAGUUGACUGAAAGUUGUCAUGAAAGAGGAAGGAUUAUUGAUUAGAAAUUGUGAAUUUAUAUGCCCUUUUUUAGUGGUUUUUGGUAGAAAUCUGUUUUGAGCUACGUAUGUGCGUGCUUGUUUAACUCAGUGUUCAUUAAUUAACUUCGAUGAAAUACGUACAUUAUUAGAAUGUGGUGACAAGUUAUAGCCUGAGCGGGUGGGUAGGGGGUUGGUCGCGAUGGCGGCCGACACCGCGGUAGCUGCGAGCCCCGAGGAGACGUUGGAGUCUCUGCUGCGCGAGGCCGAGGCUUUGAAGCAAAGGUUGGAGGAAGAGCGACAAAAACUCAACGAUGUCACGCUGUCAUGUGUGGCGGAGAGGCUGGAGCCGAUCAACUUCCCCAACCUGAAGCUGCGGCGACAGCUGAAGGGGCACCAGGCUAAGGUGCUCUGCUCUGAUUGGUCGCCUGACAAGCGCCACAUUGUAUCCUCCUCACAGGAUGGGAAGGUGAUCGUGUGGGACGGGUUCACGGCCACCAAGGAGACCACCAUCUCGAUGCCGAGCACGUGGGUGAUGGCGUGCGCCUAUGCUCCCUCCGGCAACAUGGUGGCCGCCGGCGGUCUGGACAACAAGGUGACGGUGUUCCCGCUGUCGGAGGAGGAGCCGGCGAGCCGCAAGCGCACGGUGGCGACGCACACGUCGUACAUGUCGUGCUGCCUGUUCCCGCACACCGACCGCCAGAUCCUCACGGGCAGCGGCGACGGCACGUGCGCGCUGUGGGACGUCGAGUCCGGCCAGCUGCUGCAGAGCUUCCAGGCGCACAGCGCGGACGUGAUGUCGCUGGACCUGGCGCCGUCGGACAUGGGCGACACGUUCGUGAGCGGCGGCUGCGACCGCGCGCUGCUGGUGUGGGACCUGCGCUCGGGGCAGGCCGUGCAGACCUUCGACACGCACGACUCCGACGUCAACAGCGUCAAGUACCACCCGUCCGGCGACUCGCUGGCGUCCGGCUCCGACGACUCCUGCUGCCGCCUGUUCGACCUGCGCGCCGACCGCGAGGUGGCGCGCUACCAGAAGGAGAACAUCAUCUUCGGCGUCAACUCCGUGGAGUGGUCGGUGUCGGGGCGCCUGCUGUUCGCCGGCUACAGCGACUACACGGCGUGCGCCUGGGACGCGCUGCGGGCCGUGCGCGUGUGCGUGCUGUGCGGCCACGAGCACCGCGUGGCGCGCGUGCAGCUGGCGCCCGACGGCGCGGCGCUCAGCACCGCCUCCUGGGACUGCACGCUGCGGGUGAGUGCUGUCUCUGUGUGCCGUGCCCGUGCCGCGUGCCGUGCUGUGCGGCCACGAGCACCGCGUGGCGCGCGUGCAGCUGGCGCCCGACGGCGCGGCGCUCAGCACCGCCUCCUGGGACUGCACGCUGCGGGUGAGUGCUGUCUCCGUGUGCCGUGCCCGUGCCGCGUGCCGUGCUGUGCGGCCACGAGCACCGCGUGGCUGCUGUCUCCGUGUGCCGUGCCCGUGCCGCGUGCCGUGCUGUGCGGCCACGAGCACCGCGUGGCGCGCGUGCAGCUGGCGCCCGACGGCGCGGCGCUCAGCACCGCCUCCUGGGACUGCACGCUGCGGGUGAGUGCUGUCUCCGUGUGCCGUGCCCGUGCCGCGUGCCGUGCUCUGUGCGGCCACGAGCACCGCGUGGCGCGCGUGCAGCUGGCGCCCGACGGCGCGGCGCUCAGCACCGCCUCCUGGGACUGCACGCUGCGGGUGAGUGCUGUCUCCGUGUGCCGUGCCCGUGCCGCGUGCCGUGCUGUGCGGCCACGAGCACCGCGUGGCGCGCGUGCAGCUGGCGCCCGACGGCGCGGCGCUCAGCACCGCCUCCUGGGACUGCACGCUGCGGGUGAGUGCUGUCUCCGUGUGCCGUGCCCGUGCCGCGUGCCGUGCUGUGCGGCCACGAGCACCGCGUGGCGCGCGUGCAGCUGGCGCCCGACGGCGCGGCGCUCAGCACCGCCUCCUGGGACUGCACGCUGCGGAUCUGGGCAUAAGCGAGGAACAGCCGAAGAUCUCAUCCGACGGCAAGGAGGUUCUCGCGGAAGUGGAGCGAUGUUACUGGAGGCGGGCUUCUGUUUCCCUGGCACCGCCUGCGCCCACGUGAUCUGACUAGUUCACCCCACGUUAAACCAAACCAAUAUCAUGCAAUGAAGCGGUCUAGAUCUGAUCGGUCGGUGGUCGGCGUGAUCUAAUAACUCAUCUAUAAGAUAUGUAAUAGAAUAGUGGAUCCGGGAUAAUAAUAUAGACAGCUGAGAUCCGCUCGUCCUGUCACAGCGGCCGGCGUGUAGUCCGCGAGUGAGUAGCUUAGUGUCGAGAGGCUCCUAUGUCCAUCAUGCACUGAUUUCAUUUUCAUACAAAAGACAAAAUAUUAAUUAUCGACCAUUUAGAAGGCUGUAUUUUCAAUCUAAU